AUGGAGUCUCUUCGACAUCAUCAAGCAGCUAAGUUGGAAGAGGUGCUUAACUUUAGAGAAGUUUAUACUGGACAAGUUAUUGAUUUGGAACUUCAAGAGAUGAAUGCCCGCUUUGAUAUUGUGACUACUGACUUACUACUUGAUAUGGCCAGUUUAAGUCCGGAUGAUUCAUUUGCUAAUUUUGACAAGGAAAAGAUAAUGAAGUUAACAGAGUAUUAUCCAAGUGAAUUUGGUAAUCACAAGCUUCGAGAACUCAUUUUCAACUUGAUAGUUUCAUUGUCUAUGGUCAAAAGUGUGAUAGCAGAUUUCUCAACCUGA